UAUCCAUCACUUGCUCUCUCUCUCAGAGUGAGGAAAAGGCUGAAGAUGAAGCUUGCUGUAUUUGUUUCCCUGCUGGUGGUUUUACCAUUCCAGGCUUUAGCUGGUUCAUGUGUUGGUAAAACAGUGGACGUAUGGGUGGCAAAUGGCCAUGGACUUACAGGGGAUGGACUCCAAGACCCAGAUCCCUAUGUUGUGGUGAAAAUCGGCGAAGACACCCAAAAAACCAGAGUCAUUCAUUCAAACGCCAACCCAGGGUGGUGGGAGAAGCUCACCUUUUACCAGGUCACCAGUGACUUUAUGAGAAUUGAAGUGUGGGAAGCUGACGAGGGACUCCGCGGUGAUGAUGACCACCUGGGAACCUGCAUGGAGCUGAUGGACUCAAGAGGUUCCAGCUUCCACGUGGUGCAGUGCACUGUGAAGGACUCUGGUUUUGUCAAAGUCUUUUACAAGUGUUACUAAAUGUAACCUACUUUUGGUGAUGAAAGAAUAAAAUGUGAAGAGAAGAAAAUUCACUUUGUCCUACAAAUGUUUGGUGGUAGAAAAACACAACUUCUUUGGUAAUAGUUACAUCUUUUUUCCACUGUAUUUUUUUCUACCUUUCUUUCUUUCCUUCUUUACAAAUGGAUGUGUGCUGUUUUGAAACUAUGUUUUGCUAAUAUUGUCCGCCUGUGACUUUAUGGUCAUUAAACAGGUGAGCACAAAUCCAUCACCUUUGUGUGUAAUUGGAAAAUUGUGUAAAGAAAGUGUUGUUCUCCGUACU